AGAUUGCGUAAUAUGAUAAACAAUUCGCUGUUACUUUACCAUUGACGAGAACCUUUACCGUAGGACUUGGGGUGAGAGUUCCAAACGUUAGCGUGAGCCAUGAUGAAUUAUUUAUUUGAGAAGGGAAAGAAAACCUUUGAGGGCAUAGCAAAAAAAUUUUAUAGCCUUAUCGGGUAUUGAAAACAAUCUUUCUUUUUUCUUCCUUCUUCAACACAGGCGGGUGUCAUACCAACUUGUUGAUUCUAUUCCCAAAGACAUUACAAACAUAAAAGAUGCAGAAAAUGAAGUUUGGCUUGAAUCUACAAAAGAAGAAAACACUUAGUCAGUCUUUAUCUAAGAAAAGUGCUUUUCAUUCGACAAGUGACGACGAGUUAGAACGAGACGACGAAGAAGACCAGAAGCAACAGCAGCUUCACAGCAAUAAGAAAGCAAAAGCUCAAGUCAAUCGUCAACUGUCUAGCUAUAAUACGAUGACGAAAAAGAUAGCCGAGGAACAGGCGAAAGCACUGGAAGAAGAUCCCAAUAUUUUUGACUAUGACGCUGUUUAUGAUGAUCUCAAGGAAGUUGAGAGGAAAAAGAAAGAAGCAGUAAAGCCAACGUCAACAAAGCCCAAGUAUAUUCAAAAUCUUUUAGAAAUGGCCGAGAUUCGCAAAAGAGAUAGGUUAUUGGCUCAAGAAAGAAAGGUAGCUCGAGAAAGAGAAGAGGAAGGCGAGGAAUUUGCUGACAGAGAAGUAUUUGUGACGGAAGCAUUCAAAAAGCAAAAAGAAGAUAUGGAUAUGUUCUAUAAGCAAGUGCUAGAGAAAAAGGAAGCAGAGCAUCAAGCGUUGAUGAAAGCAUUAGCAGAAAGAAGUGUAGAUAAAAACGUAUCGUCAGCAGGAACGCAAAAGAAAGAAAUCUUAGAUACCGACUUGGCCAAGGAAGCAGCCAAGGAAGGCAAAAAUGUGAUUUUAAAUGACAGCAAUGAAAUUGUGGACAAGCGACAGUUAUUAACAGCAGGUCUCAAUGUUAAGCCCAAGUUUGGUAGCCUUGGUUCUCUAGCUCAGUCAGAUGAACGUAUUAAGGAGAGAAUGGAAGAGUAUGAAGCUUACAAACGUAAAAAGGUGGAGGAAUAUAAUGCAAAAAGAAAGCAAGGCAGAGAUAGUGAUGAACGAGAACGUCUAAGCAAAGAGAUUGAAAAACAGAUGAUGGAGGUUAAGCAAAAGGAAAAGGAAGAAGAGGAAAGAAAGCAAAAAGAACUUGAACAAAAGGUACUGGCGAAACGCACGACACACGACGCUGCUAUGAAUGCUCGAGAACGUUAUUUGGCGAGAAAGAAGCAAAAACUGGAAGAACAGAAGAAUCUAUCCUCCUCCUCCUCCGUUUGAGCUACAAUCUGUACAUACAACAUAAAAGAUUCGAUCUGGUUUGCUUAUACGAGCAAUGACUUCAUACCCUUUUUUUUUUCAAAAAAACAUCUGUAUCUUUUUAUUGGCCUUGUCAGCUUACAUUUACGUGAUAUGGUUAUUAUAAUUAGUUUUUUCAAAGACGAAG